AAGCAAUUCACUUAAUUCAAAAGUGGAUGGGAUUGUAGAUUUCUUUCGGAAAUAAAAUUUGCAAAAAUGCAGGCGUCGAUGCUGUCCGAGCGCAGCUCAUCUUGCUUGUUGAAAAGACCAUCCAACGCAGUUUUAUAUGACUCACGGCCCCGCAGCGCAGCAUGCCGAAGGGGGAGCGUCAAAGUGUUUGCAGUAGCGGCAGUUGGGACAAAGACCGUCAAAAUCGGGACGAGGGGGAGCCCCUUGGCAUUGGCCCAGGCAUACAUGACUAGAGAUCUGCUGAAGGCAGCCUUCCCAGACCUCCAGGAAGAGGGCGCCCUAGAGAUCUGCAUCAUCAAGACGACUGGUGACAAGAUCCUGAACCAGCCGCUGGCAGACAUCGGCGGGAAGGGACUCUUCACCAAGGAGAUCGAUGAUGCCCUCCUUGAGGGCCGCAUCGACAUUGCAGUGCACUCCAUGAAGGAUGUGCCUACCUACCUGCCCCCUGGCACAAUCCUGCCUUGCAAUCUACCGCGUGAGGACGUGAGGGAUGCAUUCAUCUCACCCAUUGCAAGCAGCCUGGGUGAGCUGCCGGCGGGCUCUCUCGUCGGCAGCGCCAGCCUCCGGCGGCAAGCCCAAAUCCUCCACAAAUACCCCCACCUCAAGGUGGAGAACUUCCGCGGCAACGUGCAGACGCGGAUGCGCAAACUGAACGAGGGCGUGUGUGCGGCCACUCUGCUGGCGCUGGCAGGCCUCAAGCGGCUGGAUCUGGCUGACAAGGCCACCGCCAUCCUGUCCACUGAGGACAUGCUCCCAGCCGUCGCACAGGGCGCGAUUGGCAUCGCAUGCAGGGAAGGCGACAGCGCAGCAGGGGAUCUUCUUGCGUCACUGAACCACGAGGACACGCGGUUAGCGGUGCUGUGCGAGCGCGCAUUCCUGACGGCCCUCGACGGCUCCUGCCGCACGCCCAUUGCCGGCCUUGCGCAGAGGAAUGCCUCUGGCGGCCUCAGCUUCCGCGGCCUCAUUGCCUCCCCAGACGGCGCCAAGAUCUUCGAGACCUCCAGGGAAGGAAACUACACAGAGGAGGAGAUGGUGCGGUUGGGCAGGGAAGCCGGUGAGGAGCUCAAGGCGCAGGCUGGCCCCGAGUUCCUCAGCUGGUCACACUAA